GGCUGUCCAGGUCUAAACAGGGUGAAACCAUGGCAAACUGCAGGGGUGUGACCAUCUUAAUAGCAUACCUGCUUGUGGUAUGCUUCCCAAGGACCAAGGUGGAAGCUCAGACAUGGCAAUCUACAAAUAAUCAACAGAAUUCAAUGUAUCCUCCAGGCAGCCAAAUACCAACCGACCCUGGUGAUCCUUCAUAUCAAUGGCCAGUGCAGAAACCUCCCAGUGAUCCAUCAGGGCCGAUUGUUGGUAAAAAACCUCAUUGGCCAAGUACUGGAAAUUAUCCUCCAAACUGGGAAGGGAACCAGCAUCUUCAAAAACCUAUUGGGCAGAAUCAAAAUCCUUCAACGUAUCCUGGAACUUAUCCUCCUGUUUGGCAAGUUCCUGGGGGCCAGCAUCCUCAAAAUUCCGGAGGGCAGCAUGGUCAAAAUCCUGUUGGGCAAAUUCCUGGUCAAAAUCCGUCAACACAUCCUGGAAAACCCCCUGUUUGGCAUGUUCCUGGGGAGAAGCCUAAUCAAAAUAUUGUGGGGCCGAAACCUGGUCAAAAUCCUUCAACAUAUGGUGGAGUUCCUCCUCAUGGUUGGUCUGGUUAUGACGAGCAAAAUAUUCAAAUUCCUGGGGGGCAGAUUCCUGUUCAAACUUAUGGAGAACAGUCUCCUACCCAAAACCAUUAUACUACGAAGGGCAAUUUAGCUCAUGAUCAAUCAGUCAAACAAACAACACACCCUGGCAAAGGCCAGACGCCUAUCAAUACUUGUGAUGUGCAUUCAACUGUUCGAGUACCAUGCGGAAGUCCAGAUAUCAGUGCCGACAAUUGUGAAGCUCUUAACUGCUGCUAUAAUGGAGGCAUGUGUUACUUCGGGAAAAUGGUGACUGUCCAGUGCACAAAAGACGGUCAGUUCAUUGUGGUAGUGGCUCGAGAUGCCACUUUACCCAGCAUUGACCUUGAGACCAUAUCACUCUUGGGAGAUGGUCCUCGCUGUACGGCUGUUGACUCAAAUUCUGCCUUUGCCAUCUACCAAUUUCCUGUGACCGCUUGUGGCACUGUUGUUGCGGAGGAGCCCGGUAUGAUUAUCUAUGAGAAUAGGAUGACCUCCUCGUAUGAAGUUGCAAUGGGACCUCUGGGAGCUAUUACCAGGGAUAGCAGUUUUGAUUUACUCUUCCAGGCCAGAUACAGAGCCACUUCAGUUGAAACAUUGCUUGUAGAAGUACUACAAAUAUCAGAUCCACCUCUAUCAGUGUCUGCCAGUGGUCCCAUCAAUGUUCAGAUGAGGUUGGGUAAUGGACAAUGCCUUUCAAAGGGUUGUAAUGAAGAGGAAGUGGCCUACAACUCUUACUAUAUGUCCACGGACUAUCCUGUGACCAGAGUUUUGAGGGACCCUGUCUACGUGGAGGUUCAACUCAUGGACAGGUCCGACGCCAAUCUUGUCCUCAACCUUGGGCGUUGUUGGACCACCACCAGUCCAAAUCCUCACAGUUUGCCUCAGUGGGACCUUCUCAUCGAUGGGUGUCCUAACAGGGAUGAUCGCUAUAGGUCCUCCCUGGUUCCAGUUGGGUCCAACUCUGGUCUGGACUUCCCAAGUCAUUACAGGCGUUUUAUAUUCCAAAUGUUUACCUUCGUAGACCCAAGCUCACUUGAACCACAAAAGGAACAGAUUUACAUUCAUUGCAGUACAUCUGUUUGUAAUGCCGGAUCUGGCUUCUCUUGUGAGCCGAAUUGCUUCAGUCGCAGAAGAAGGGAAGCGAAAGAUGCAGUCCAGAAGCAGGCUGAACCAAAGAUUGUGGUGUCCUCUGGACCUGUGGAGAUGGUUAGCCCUACAGUGUAAACAGUGCAGUUGCCAAGUUCCAUAUUGCAAUGAAACGACAUUUGUGCAGUGUCCUGACACUAACAGCAAUAUCUCGUCUACUAGAAAAUGCAUACAUCAAAUAUGCACUGCAAUGGUAUUGGAUUCCUCAAAUGCUUGUAAGGAAAUAUUAAAAAAGUGCUUUUAUGCGCCGAUACAGAUAUUUUGUGUCCAACAAUAUUUUUUUUCCAUAAUUGUGCACUGUAAAUAAUAUGGUAGAAUGAGCAAAUGUAAUUGAGCUAAUUGAGUGUAUAGCUUCAUCAUUUAUUCCUUAAAAAAAAAAAAAAAAAACUAACUUGCAAUAAGCAAUGGUCAAAUUAAACUUAAAACUGAAACACUAAAUAAAUCCAGCAUUUUUUGUAACAUAAAAAUAAAACAUGGCUUUUUCUACUCCAAACAAUUGUCACUUUGCAAAUGAAGCUAUCCAAACAGUAUGUAUGAAGGAUAAAAGCUUGUAAAUGUUUCCUCUGCAUCACACACAUUCACACAAUACCUUACAAUUUUAUCAUUUUUCUGUUUUCUUUAUUCAAAAGGUAAAAGAGUUUUGCAAACAUGAAAGUUUAAAAAUGGACAGAAACGUGUGUGUGU